UCAUCGUUUCCUUAACGAAUAAGCUUGGUCUCAUGUCCCUUUCAUCUCUCUCUCUCCAUAAUAAUAUUCAUAGAACUGUUCGCAUGUGUUCAUCAUUGAUAACAUCUUCCUUAACCCUGUUUUCCCUUUAUAUUUGAUUUCAAUUUUGGAUCUUGAGAUUACCCAUCUGAGAAAGGUUACAAAUUUUGGAAGAUCAAUGGAAGUUUAUGGAUACCCAUCUCAUCCCCGACCAUCUUCUUCCUCUGUUUCUCCAUUUUCCCUAGGUAAUUUGAUUGACAGAGUUAAAGAAACCAUCAAAUUCGUUGUUUCUGCUGUUCUUGGGAAUAUCUUUUCAGCGAUCUUCACAUUCUUCUUCGCAUUAGUGGGUACUUUAUUAGGAGCCAUGACCGGAGCUUUAAUUGGGCAAGAAACAGAAAGCGGAUUUGUACGAGGUGCAGCCGUUGGAGCCAUCUCAGGAGCUGUUUUCUCUAUUGAAGUCUUUGAAUCUUCACUUGUUUUAUGGCAAUCAGAUGAAUCUGGACUUGGGUGUUUGCUAUACUUGAUUGAUGUUAUUGUUAGUCUUCUAAGUGGAAGACUUGUUCGUGAAAGAAUUGGUCCUGCCAUGUUAAGUGCAGUACAAAGUCAGAUGGGAGCUGUAGAGCCAAGUUUUGAAGAAAUCCCGAACAUCUUUGAUACCGGAGUAGCAAAAGGAUUGGCAGGAGAUUUAGUAGAAAAGAUUCCAAAAAUCGUCAUUAGUAACAAUAACAUUAUCGAUACAUCAGGGGAAAGAGUGUCUUGCUCGGUUUGUCUUCAGGAUUUUCAGAUGGGAGAAAGUGUUAGAUGUUUGCCUGAUUGUCAUCAUAUGUUUCAUCUUCCAUGCAUUGAUAAAUGGCUAAUUAGACAUGCUUCUUGUCCAUUAUGUAGAAGGGAUAUGUAAGAAAAAAAGACAUUUGGGUGUAAAAUACAUAACAAGUUUUAAUAAUAAUAAUAAUAAUAUUUAGUUAAUUUUGU